UCGAGUUUACUCGCGGGGGGGCUAGUUCUACACACACCGGCUGGCUCACUCGACAGCAGGCAUUACUUGGUCAGGAAAACAAAGAGCAGGGACAGGGCACGGAGCGCUUGAGUGAUCCACAAAGACAACAAAAGCAAAUAGAAUUGUAGAGAGACCCGCCCUGAAACGGAUGGUCGGUUGUUAGCCGUAGGCUUUACGGUGCAGACAACUUUCAUUAUGUUUAUGAUUUGGAAGCUUUUCCAGCCGGAUAUUAUAGGCGAUGUCUGCUGCGGACUGUGCGCGAGGAUGUCGGCUAUCACAGGAGGCUGUUGAUUUCAACGUAGGCUGAACUGAACUGACGCCCAAACCUCACUUGGAUUGCAUAAAACGACGACCAUUUACCUGAGAAUAACCUGCCUCAGCCCAUUUCCCAUACAUUUUGGUGAUGAUUAACCCUAUUUGAUCCUUCGUCUUGCUGCCCAAGCUGUGGGCCAGCCAGGAGGCACCUCCACCUCCACCUCCACCUCCAGGCAAGAUGUCCGCCCCGGAGCCUGCAGUCUGCACCGCUAACCCUCUCCCCCAAAAGCCGGAGCUCAAGCCCAGACCCCAGCUGCCCACCAAGCCCGUCACAGACUCCCCGCAGAUCGAGCGGGGCAGCACAACAAGGAACUCUGGGAAGGUGAAGAAGAUCGUGAACAAGUUCAACCAGCCAGAGCCGGACCCAGCUCCAGCUCCAGCUCCAGGCUCAGCCCCGACCUCACCCCCAGCUUUGUCCCAAAACCAGGUGCCAUCAUCAGCCAGGAGCAAUGGCCCCAACGCCCCCAAUGGCGGCACCACCAAUGACCCCAAUGGACUGGACAAGGUGAGCCCCCAGAGGCCCCAGGGCCCGGAGGUGAAGCCCAAGCCCAGGGGGAGUAGGGCGUCCCAGGCUCCAGCAACAGCGCCGCCGCCGUCCGACCAGGCCCCUCCUCUGCCCAUGAAGCGUAGCCGGCUCCGCAAGGGCGCCAACGUGGGCGUGUACGAGGACACCCCUGGGGCGAGGAGGGCUGUCAACGUCACCGUGGAAACUGGGCGAUCGGCUCCUGAUGGGAAAGAGGGAGAGCUGUCUGCCGCCGGUGUGGAGGUGGACAAAGUGGGAGAUGUUCCUCCAAGCCCCCGCUGUGAGAGGAACUGCAGCUGCAUCUGCCACCUGCGCAGGCCUGGGAUGAAGUUGGUGUGGGUACCAGUGGAGUACGGAGAAGAACACGAUGAGCAGGUAGAGGCGGAGGUCAGGACGAAGAAGAAGGAGGUGGGGGGAGGAGAUGAGCAAGGAGGUGAGGGUGAGAGUGAAGCUGGGGACCAGGAUAAUACUGGCCAUGAAGAAGAUGAGGACGGGGAAGGUCUGACAGUGGAAGAUGUAGAAGAUGACGAGGAACCAGAGUUGUACCUCAGCAACUCGUCGGAUGAGAGCGGGAGUGAGAGUGGAGGUGGGGGUGGUGGUGGUGAACUGAUGGGCAAGGCCAAGUUCCAGCACACCCUGGAGCUGGUGGGUGAACAGUUGAGGAGGAGGUCGGACCCGGGGCCACAGGUGGUGCUCACGUCCUACACCACCCACUCCCUUUCCCCCGGCAGCUUCAAAGCCCACUCCAUGGACACCGAAACGGACUCAGACAUCUAUGAGAUGAACAUUGUGGUAGAGGGAGUGACUCCGCCACGACCCUCAGAACCGCAGGUCCCGCUCAUCCGUGUCAAGCCUCCGCGGAGAUCGAGGUCCAAGCUGUCGUCCUCGGCGUCGGAUGAUGGCUCUGAGCUGCGUGGUGGUGGUGAUGACCCGCCUCCUGCGGUUCCACCCAGGGUGCCUAUGCUACCGGACAAGCCCUCUAAAAGGCCAUCUCUCGUGCCGGUCCUGGGGGGGAUCCCGCUACCCCAGCCGACUCCCGAGGAGAGGCGGGGCCUGCGCCCGGCAUCUCCUCUGCCCCCUCCCGCCUCCGCCAGCCCCCCCGCCAGCCCCCGGCUCCACCACCGCGUCCCACCACCCCCGCCCAGCAAGCUAGGGCAGAACGGCCUCCGUGGCAGCAGCCAGUCUUUAAACUCGCUGCCACCCACCACAGAGAGCGAACAUGACGCAAGUGAAGGAAAGGAUGAGGCUGACAACGUCAAAAGACCAGUGGCUCUGCCGAGGAAGAAGUCGAUAGACUGGGACAGUAUGGAUGAGCCCCUCUACCAGACGUACCGCGAGACGGUCAUCACCAAGGCCAUCCGGCAGCAGACGGUGUGCCGCAACAUCAGCAAGACCAGCGUGGACUUCCAGAUGGACCACGGCCACCGGCGGGGCUCCACCACCUCCCUAGCGACUCUUGGAGGAGGAAGUGGUGGAGGCCUGAGCUCCAGGGCCAGCCCCAUCCCCCAGGGGGCCCGCAGCACGCUGUGGAGGGACCUGCCCGCCGUCAGGGACAGCGGCAUCCUGGAGACCCUCAGCUCGGACGAGUGCAAGUACCAGGAGAGCAUCUUUGAGGUGAUCACCUCUGAGGUGUCGUACCUGCGCUCGCUGGCCGUGCUGACGGAGCACUUCAUGGACUCCCGAGAGCUGGCGGACACCCUCAUCAACAGGGACAAGGUGCCGCUCUUCUCCAAUAUCCUGCGCAUUCGAGAAGUUAGCGAGAGAUUUCUGAAAGAUCUGGAGGGCCGCAUGGAGGAGAGCCUGAUCAUCACUGACAUCUGUGACAUCAUCCACUACCACGCCCAGCACAACUUCCCCGCCUACAUCGACUACGUCCGCAACCAGAUUUACCAGGAGAAGGCCUACUCCACCCUCAUGCAGUCCAAUGCAGCCUUCGCCGCCGUCAUCAUCCGGCUGCAGGAGUCUCCUAAGUGCCAGCGGCUGCCCUUCAUGUCCUUCCUCCUGUUGCCCUUCCAGCGCAUCACCAGGAUCAAGAUGCUCAUCGAGAACAUUCUGAAGAGGACCAAGGAGCAUACGAAGGAGGAGCAGACGGCCUCCAAGGCCCUGGCGUCUGUUUCCAAGAUCAUUGAGGAGUGUAACACGCAGGUGGGCAAGAUGAAGCAGAUGGAGGAGCUGAUUCAGAUCAACAAGACUCUGGAGUUCGACAAACUCAAGGCGGUCCCCAUCAUUUCUCAAACUCGUUUUCUGGAAAAGCGGGGAGAGUUUCAGGACGUGGCCAAAGGUGGAACGAUCUUCAACCUGCGCCCCAAGUUCUCCCCCGUCUUCCUCUACCUCUUCAAUGACCUGCUGGUGAUCGCCAGUCGCAAGAGCUCGGAGCGGUACAUGGUGCUGGACUAUGCGCACCGCUCGCUGGUGCAGGUGAAGGCCCUUGGGGAGGAGCUGUCGAGCGGGGGGCUGGAGAACAGCUUCCUCCUCACCCUCCUGGAGAACCACCAGGGCCGCAUGGUGGAGCGCGUCCUCAAGGCCGCCACCGCGUCAGAUGUGCACAGGUGGGUUGCGGCGUUCCCAAAUCCAAACGACAUAGACAGAGACGCAGAGGAGGUCAUAUAUGAGGACUGGGAUUGUCCUCAGGUGCAGUGUGUGGAGCAGUACGUCGCUCAGCAGGCCGAUGAGAUCAGUCUGGAGCCCACGGAGAUCAUCAACGUCAUCCGCAAAACCAACGAGGGUUGGUACGAGGGGAUUCGUCUGUCUGACGGCCAGAAGGGCUGGUUCCCCGUGGCCAACGUCCUGGAGAUCACCAACGAGCACGUGCGGCGAAGGAACCUCCGGGAGCGCUACAGGGUCAUACAGGCGGCUAGUAUCGUCACCGGCAAGGGCCGUCUGACUCUUUAACAGACAUCGAGGGGAAAAAACAAUAAAUAUAAUAAUUUAACAAGCACAGGAAACAACAAAAGCACAGGGCCCCAGAGAGGCCACCCACAAAGCAAAGGGGUUUGGCUGUCCGUCCUUCCCUCAGUGUUAGUCUUUUUUUCCCCCACCAUCAACCUCACUGAUAUGUCUCCCAGGAAGGAUCUGUCUGUCUGUGAAGGAUGUUGGGGAGGAGCCGUUGACGUUGACUUCAAGCAUUUGCGGCCUUCCCAGGCUGUGUGUACGUAGUGCGCUGUGCUCAUGGAAAACGUCCUCACCAUUGUAGUUUUAUAGCCUCUGUAUAUUUUUAAGAUAUGGAAACGUUUUAAAACAGACUGCUUCUCAGCCGACUCAGUGGAUAUUUUACUGUGCCAGAAUGCUUCCAUUCAGUGGAAAAAAGUAACUGGAAAAAAAAGAAACAAAAAGAAAAGAAACCUUGAAAUGAAAACUUUGCACCUGACCCAGUCCCCUGUCUAUGGGCCCGUUCGUGAUGGCGCAGGCUGCAAAAAUCUGCUCAGUGCAUGUGCUGCGAAAUGACUAUGCAUUCUGGUUCGGAAUGUUUACCCAGAGUGCAUAGUGAUUGUGUGCUGCUCAGAUUUGCACAACGUGCGUUAUCUGAAACAGGGCCAUUGCCACCUCUCAAGUCACUCCCAUUUCCAUGCCCAAAUUGACUUUCAUACGAUGCAGAGAGACUCACUCGAUCCACUCAAGUCAUCCAUCCAUUCAUCACUGCCGUUUACUGACAGACCUGUCUGUUUUUUGUUCCCUGCAUGACUGUGAGAGCUAACUCUUCCACAUACACAGAGCAUGUUGUUAAAGGUUCACUCUGUAAUAUUUUCAGUUGUUGAUUUCCAGAAUUCAUGCUGCCCAUUCACAAAUGUUACCUUUUUACAAAUUUACAAAUGUUACCCUUUCAAAUUCCAAGUAUUCUUUAUGACUGGGAAAAUAGCACUUUUCAUACAUGAAAAGGGGAUCUUCUUCAUUGUCCAGCAUUUUGAAUUUCCAGAAAUAGACAUUUUAGCUGCAGAACGUACUGUACUUUGGUCAUACUAGUAAAUAUUAAUUCAUUAUUUAGUAAAUAUUCAUGAAAAGAUCAAAUUUGGCAGUAGACCGCAGACUUGCAAUACCUACUCUGGCCACCAUCCUACACAGUGCACCUUUUAAAGAGCAUCUGAUCACAGGUGCUGACAAACCAGACUGCCUGCCCCCUCUGCUGGAGACACCCGUGCCAAAACAUCAGCCACGUUUUCUCAGACAUUGUGCUCAUCAAUGCACAACAAUGUGGACAUGCGAGAACCAUCUUUUCUUUGAACAUUGCUGCCAUCGAAUGCUGUUGUAUGACUUGGAACUUGUACUUUUGCCAAAAAACGGAAAAGUUUCAUUUUUCUUUUUAAUAAUGGGCGGGAGUUUGUUGCUGAAGCUCCUUUUUUUAAUUCUCAAACACAUCCUGGUCCUGUGAAGACUUGAUCUGUGUUGUAUCUGUGAUCUUCCACAUGCCUGCUGUGGACUGUAUAGAUGUGAGGGAGAAGGUAACUGAAUUCAGUUGCUUGUUUUAUGUGCAAAUGGACUUCAGACUUUUUAAAUCAGGUUUUUAAUAGCACAAUGUGUGGGUAGGCUGUCUAUUUGGAUUGCCUAUACACUACAGACAGUCACCAGCUCAGCAUCUCAAAAACAGGCGCGCAUGUUUGCCUUUUUUUUUAAGUUGUACUGUAUUUAUACUCUGAGAAAAGAGAAACCCUUACAGGGUACAGAACAGAGGGGUAUUCUAAGAACAUGGUUAUGUGAUAAACCUGUCUAAGUUAACCUACUGGAAGUGGUAAAUCUGGUAAUAGAUAGCUUACAUGUGUCAUUUAGCUAAGAUUAAGAAAAUGAAUGAAAUGAUUAACCACUAACUCAAAGUGAACUUAACUUGGUCUACACACCUCAGCCAGGUCCUUGGAAGACGACCCUUAUUAGGGGAGUACAUAUUUGUACCUUCAUAUUUUGUAUGUUUUAUUGCCUGUCUGUAUCUGCAGAAUGAGACAUACCCCUAAUGACCAUACACACUUGUACAUACGGGUAACACCACAGUAUAUGAGCCGACCCUUACCUUUUAAAAGGUAUUUGUGUUCCUUUCUUGGACAUACAAAUAAAACACUGCUUUUAAAAAAUGUAUACAUUUGUUUAUUGUGUAGAUGUGCCACCAAUUAAGCUCGAAUUCAUCACAGUAUCGAAAUUACAUUGUUGCCCAUGCAUGAUGUAAGUGAUCAUAAUGAACUAAUGCUCAUAACAUUGGUAAUUCUCACAUGCAACAGCCACUACAGAAAUAAGUAUAAUACACAUAUUUCAGUACAUUCAUAUCAGCAGAUGGGAAUAUUUGGCUUUAUAUGGGAUUGGCAGAAUGUGUUUGCAAAUAUUUGAAUGCAAGCUUGAUAAGAUGGGGAUAUGGCAUCUUCAAGCCAGCGUGAGUGUUGCCCUUAGGGGAUAGUUGUGAGCAGUGGUCUGCUUGCAGUCAGUCACUUUUAAUUCAUGUCCAGUUUGCUCUUCUGGUUGUCUGGUGCAAAAGGGACAUUGUCCACAAACGCACACAAAAUGGACAUUGUGGUAAAUUGUGAAUGGAUAUGGCAUCAUGUUCAUCAUAUACUGCACUGCAGUAUUCUGUUCAAUGCAGAGCCACAGAAGACUCGUCUGCAGCUCACUGUGCAGGCAGUAGGCACAUUACUAAUAUUACUAUCAUUCUUUGGUUUGUUUGGGCAGUUUACUUGCGUAAAGAGUGCAGUGCAAUGGCUUGUGGUACUUCCCUCCACCAUACAGCACAGUAGCACAUUUACUCAGUCAUGUACUUUUAUUUAAGUGAAAGGGGAACUUCUGUACCAGAGGG